CAUGAUUACCUCCUAUUUGAUAAUUUGUGUUAUCACGUUUGGUCUUUGUUUGGGAGACGAUGGGGCAGACAAAAAGGAAUGUUUGAUGGAGAACGAUCUUACCGAAAAAGACAUCAAAAUGUAUACAUCGCUUGACGAUAUACCUGACGAAGUCUUGUGCUACAGUAAAUGCUUAAAUAUGAAGAACGGACUAAUAGAAAAAAGCGGAAAAAUCGAUAUGGAGAAAAUCAGUCUCAUCGCCGGCGUGGACAAAUUUAAUGAAACCCAAACCGAUCAACUGAAAAAAUGUAUCAAGGAAGUGGGAUCUAUCGAGCAAUGUACAGACAUGAAGAAGUUGCAGUAUUGUUUCAUGGACAUUGUAACAUGA